UCUGCUCUGCAGGACUGAGCAGCCAGGCGCGAGCGAAAACAAACAUCUGGGGCUGCGAGCGCCCCCACCCCGGCCCCGAGAGCAAGCCGGCCCGGGCCCCCACUCGGGGCGCCCGCCCGCCCACCAUGAGGAAGAUCCGCGCCAAUGCCAUCGCCAUCCUGACCGUUGCCUGGAUCCUGGGCACUUUCUACUACUUAUGGCAGGACAACCGAGCCCACGCAGCAUCCUCCGGUGGCCGGGGCGCGCAGAGGGCCGGCGGGAGGCCAGAGCAGCUCCGGGAGGACCGCACCAUCCCGCUCAUUGUGACAGGAACACCCUCCAGAGGCUUCGAUGAGAAGGCGUACCUGGCAGCCAAGCAGCUGAAGGCUGGAGAGGACCCUUACAGGCAGCAUGCCUUCAACCAGCUGGAGAGCGACAAGCUGAGCCCAGACCGAGCCAUCCGGGACACGCGCCAUUACAGUUGCCCGUCUGUUUCCUACUCUGCGGACCUGCCGGCCACCAGCGUCAUCAUCACCUUCCACAAUGAGGCCCGCUCCACCCUCCUGCGCACUGUGAAGAGUGUCCUGAACCGAACUCCAGCCAACCUGAUCCAGGAGAUCAUCUUAGUGGAUGACUUCAGUUCAGAUCCUGAAGACUGUCUGCUCCUGACCAGGAUCCCCAAGGUCAAGUGCCUGCGCAAUGAUCGGCGGGAAGGGUUAAUCCGGUCCCGCGUUCGUGGGGCAGAUGUGGCCACAGCUGCUGUGCUCACCUUUCUGGACAGCCACUGUGAAGUGAACACCGAGUGGCUACAGCCCAUGCUGCAGCGGGUCAAGGAGGACCACACCCGUGUGGUGAGCCCCAUCAUCGAUGUCAUCAGUCUGGAUAACUUUGCCUACCUUGCUGCAUCGGCUGAUCUUCGUGGAGGAUUUGACUGGAGCCUGCAUUUCAAGUGGGAGCAGAUCCCUCUUGAGCAGAAGAUUGCCCGGACCGACCCCACCAAGCCCAUAAGGACUCCUGUCAUAGCUGGAGGAAUCUUUGUGAUCGACAAGUCCUGGUUUAACCACUUGGGAAAGUAUGAUGCCCAGAUGGACAUCUGGGGCGGAGAGAAUUUUGAGCUCUCCUUCAGGGUGUGGAUGUGCGGUGGGAGCUUGGAGAUCGUGCCCUGCAGCCGGGUGGGCCACGUCUUCAGGAAACGGCAUCCCUACAACUUCCCUGAGGGCAAUGCCCUCACCUACAUCAGGAACACCAAGCGCACUGCAGAGGUGUGGAUGGAUGAAUACAAGCAGUAUUACUACGAGGCCCGGCCCUCGGCCAUCGGGAAGGCCUUUGGCAGCGUAGCCACGCGGAUCGAGCAGAGGAAGAAGAUGAACUGCAAGUCCUUCCGCUGGUACCUGGAUAACGUCUACCCAGAGCUCACAGUCCCCGUGAAGGAAGUGCUCCCUGGCAUCAUUAAGCAAGGGGUUAAUUGCUUAGAAUCCCAGGGCCAGGACUCAGCUGGGAACUUCCUGCUUGGAAUGGGGAUCUGCAGAGGGUCUGCCAAGAACCCCCCAGCACCCCAGGCGUGGCUGUUCAGCGACCAUCUCAUCCAGCAGCAGGGGAAGUGCCUGACUGCAGCCUCCACGUCCAUCACCCCAGGCUCCCUGGUCCUACUGCAGGGGUGCAACCUGAGAGAAGGCAGGCAGAGAUGGAGGAGAAAAGCCUCUUUCAUCCAGCACUCGGUCAGUGGCCUCUGCCUGGAGGCCAAGCCCGCCCAGCUGGUGACCAGCAAGUGCCAGGCCGACGCCCCCGCCCAGCAGUGGCAGCUAUCGCCGCACACAUGACGGUAGCCUGGGGCCUCCCGUACCUUUUGCAUGAGACUUUGGGACUGGAAGCGGGUUAGGGUGGGGGAGUGGAAAGCAGGCCGUCCCCAUCUCCUCACAUUUCCGCCGGAAUCAUCAGCAAACACCCCUGCCACGACACACAGUUCCCCAAAGCUUGUUCAGGGCGGGCACAGGGGGGCAGGCCCUGAUGCCCCGGCUGCCAGCCCGGCCCUGCCCCAGAAGAGGAGACGGGCAGGAUGCUGGACUGCUGCUGGGCGGAGACUGGGCAGCCCACCCCCCGGCCCUUUGUCCCCUUCCCUUCACCCUCCCAGGGUCCCAGACAGCGUUUGGGGGAGCCGUCCCCCAUUGGCUGGGGAGAGCAAGGACAGAAGCUCACACAGGGCCCCUGCUGGGUCACAGGGCCUAGCUGUGGGACCGGCAUGAAGGGACAAUGUGGGCAGCAUGGAUGGGGAGGCUGAGGGCGGGG